AUGGCGCUGAAGGAGCUCCAAGCCACCCAUGCAGCGCUCGUGCAGCGCUAUCAGCAGAGCCAGACAGAGGCCGCCGAGCAUCUGCGGGAGCGAGCGUCGUGGCGGCGUCAACUCGAUGGCGUCAUGAUGGAAAAGACAACCUUGAUCGCAGGCCUCGACGAGUGCAAGGCGCGACUGCAGACGGCCAAGCAGCUCGCCCACGACAACCGCGCGCUGCGUGCUCUCGUCACCGAUACCGCAGCCCAGCGACAGCAGAUAGCGCAGCUCACAGGUACUGCGUCGCUUGUAUCGAGGCCGAGAGACGAUACGCGCGUAGGCCGCUGCGUUCUCGGUGAGCGCAUGCUCCAGCGCCUCGAACUCGAACUCACAAACGAGCGGUGUGAGCGGGCGCGCGAGCUGGAUGCGCACCAUGUACACGCCACCGACCUCACCAUCCAGCUGGCCACGGUGCGCGACCGCUGCACGCACCUCGAAGACAUGGAGCGGUACAUGUGUCUGCGAUAUUGUCGUCUAGUGUGCCCACGGGACCGUAGCUACAACGUCAAGCUCCAACACAAGCUGGCGCUGCAGGAAGACCGCUGGCAGCGCGCCAAGCUCGCGAGCUUUGAAGCAACGCUGCAGCGCAUGGACGCGGCGACAAAACCCGAACCCUAA